AUGUCUGCUCCUGCUCCUAUCGACAUCUUCUCACUGUUCACUCAAGUCUGCCUUUCAGUCACUCCUGCAGCAAUGGCUAGUCACCACGUUACUUUCAACCAUAUUUUCCUCCGCUUUUCAAUAAUCUCAGAUGAAAUAUUAAACCUUCUUGAGACCGCCUAUCGCCAGCACAGUCAACCUAACCUGUCAUCCCAUAUGCCAGCCAGCCAACCCGGUCUCUAUGUCCACCCUGCAAUAAACCUGGCGUUGACCUCGCUAGAUAUGUACGGGAUGGUUAUGAAGUUCAUCUACAAAUCAAGGAUCAGGUGCUCGCUCCGCAUGAGCGAUAUUUGCUUCUUAAACCCGUCCUUGAACAACUCCCUCUCAUCCCUUGAUUCUCCACUGUUACCCCUUGCCCGCAUGUCUUCAUGUCAAUUCUUUCGGCACCUCGUCAUAUCCGGAAGACAAGCCCGGCUUCCUCUCCACCCUAGCUUGCUCGGCAUACCAUACUUUACCGCUCUACAGACUAUUGAUCUUAGAUUCUUUUGGAUAGUUCAAUCACUGCCGGUAUCAUGGAGAAAUUUUCUCGUCGAAUCUGUUAGGAAGAGCACAAAUCUAUCCAGCAUCUCUUUCAACCAUUUAUUAUUCCCAGACGUAAAGGCGCUAUUGCUUGCUUCUGCAGAAAAUCUGGCGCUCGAGAGCAUUCAGCUAGAGCGCAUCCCAGUCCCCGAGGUGGAUGUCAUUGAAUUGAGUACACUGUUCGUACGCAACAAUUCGCUGAGGAGCAUCACGGUCCCGCACAAGUUGCUACGACAUAGCACUCUUUCGCUCUUUUGCGAACUCCCUUUUUUACAGGUCCUAAAUCUGACAGCGGGGAUUGGGGAAGAUGACGAGUCUCCGGAAAAUACGCUGUGGCAAACAUACCAACCCUUAACUCGGCUCGAAUUUCCAGCACUACUACAUCUUUCUCUUGAUGCCCCCCCUGAGUACAUCGAGGGCUUGCCUAUAUUGGCUGAUACGUUGCAAGAGCUCACUGUUUCUAGUCCAGAUGCGUUUUUUAUUGGAAGCAAUUCGGAGCAGUCCUCUAGUGACGACCAAGAAGCAUACUGUGCGGCACUAGAUAAUCUUGUCAAAGUCGGCCCAAACACUACACAUGUGAACCUCCGAAUUGGAUACUUUUGCCACGCCUUCGUCGAUCGCCUCGCCAUGUUCAACCAAUUGGUAACAGCGAAACUGUUCAACUGUCAUCCAGACCCGGAGCUGAUGGAUUAUGCGAGAGAAAGGAUGGAGACAUGUAUGUGGGUUUAUGGAAAUGAUGUUCAUAAGUGA